AUGGCCGGCCGUACGCCGUUCACCAACGUCGACCCGGAGACGGCGGCCUACUUGCGGCGCCUGGGCAUCGACCCCCACGAGCUGGACCGAGCCACAGAGCAGCUGCUUACCUACAUCUGCGUCGAGCUCCUCCCCGCCCCGCCCGUCUCCGACGCGCCCCCGCGCAGCAUCUUCUCCCGCCUCCUCAUCACGGAGGCCGCGCACGAACCCGCCCUCCCCGCCAGCGCCGACCUCAUCAGCGUCCUCCCCGACACCCUCCUCCGCAACAUCGUCUCCCGCCUCCCCAUCGCGGACGCCGCGCGCACCGCCGUCCUAGCCUCGCGCUGGCGCCGGGUCUGGCUCUCCACGGAGCCCGUCCUCAUCGACGCCUUCCUCCGGCCCAGCUCGUCGUCCGUCACGGCCGCCGUCUCGGGCAUCCUCGAGUCGCACCCCGGGCCCUUCCGCCGCGUCCACCUAACCUGCAGCCACAUGAGCGCGCACCAGGCCCAGCUCGCGCGCUGGCUCCAGCUCCUCGCCGCCAAGGGCGUCCACGACCUCGUCCUCGUCAAUCGACCGUGGCCGUGCGAUGUGCCCCUCCCUGACGCGCUGUUCAGCAUCAGCUCCGUCGUCCGCCUCUACAUCGGCCUCUGGAAGCUCCCGGACACGGCCGGCCUGCGUGGCGCUGGCGCCUCCUUCCCCCACCUCCGCGAGCUCGGCAUCUGCACCGUCGCGAUGGGGGAGGGCGACGUCGACUCCAUGGUCGCCAGCAGCCCCGUCCUGGAGAUCCUGAGCAUCCAGGGAAGCCACAAGGGGCUGCGCCUCCGCAUCGUGAGCCAGAGCCUACGGUGCGUGCAAAUCUGCAGCUCUGUUGUGGAGAACGUCACGGUGGUGAAGGCUCCACGCCUCGAGCGGCUCAUCCUGCAGGGAGGCCGGCACGCUGCUAGUGGCCUGUGUACCAUGGUCAGCAUUCUUGAUGCCCCCAAGCUACAUUCGUUUGGAUUCUUGGAGCCAGGCAAUCAUGUCCUGGGGAUCGGAGACACCGUCAUAAUGGCUGGGAUAAAGGAGAGUGCGGCCACCACUGUCGCAAGCGUUAAGAUCCUGAGCUUAAAUGUGCGUUUUGGAGUCCCCAAUGAGGCAAGGAUGGUGCCCAUGUUCCUUAAAUGCUUUCCCAAUGUCGUGCGACUGCAUAUCAUGUCCAGAAAAUGUAAUCGGUCCGCUGGUAAGCUCAGCCUCAAUUUCCAGGAGGGUCCUACUGAAAGUGCCAUGUUGCACAUCAAAGAGAUGCAUUUCCGUGAAUUCCGAGGGGAACAAGGCGAGGUUGCCUUCCUCAAGUCGAUCUUCCCAAAGGUGCUGGAGACUGCGGUGAUUAUAAUGGCCAACCCAAGCUUCACUCCAUUUUCAGUAGCCGUGGCGUUCUCCGAACUGAAGGAGGCUUCUGAGGUCAUAAGGUGCUGCCAAGUGCUGCUUCUUAAGAGUGCAGGGCCCGAAGGAGGCAAAGCAUGGAGUUUUAAAGAAGGAAGUGAUUUUUCAUGCGAGGACCCUUUUUCAACAGUGGAGAGCAGCGUAUUCACUCCGGAGCAGUCGAAGUUUAUUGGAUUUGAUGAAAGUAGGAAACAGGCAUGA